AGAGCUAAUUUGGUUUCUUGCACGCGAAGAAAGAAACAUCUGAAAGAUUGUUCGUAAAGAAUUCGGUUGCAGAAAUGAGAGAAGAAACAGAACCCAGCGAAAGAACGUUGGGUUUAACACCAACUUGGUCUGUUGCUACAGUUUUGACUGUCUUUGUAUUUGUUUCUUUGAUCGUUGAACGUUCCAUUCAUCGGCUUAGUAACUGGUUGCAAGAGACGAAGAGAAAACCUUUGUUUGCUGCAUUGGAGAAAAUGAAAGAAGAGCUGAUGCUGCUCGGGUUCAUAUCGCUUCUUCUUACAGCUACCUCUAGCACAAUAGCUAACAUAUGCGUCUCUUCAAGUUUCCACAAUGAUAGAUUUGUUCCAUGUACCCGCUCCGAGAUUAAUGAUCAGGAACUUGAAAGUACUAUUUCAUCUGUCAAGCGGACUCAGUUAACGAGAUCUCUCUUCUUCCACAUUAUGAGAAGAAGAUUGAGUGGCAUAGGCGAGAAUACGUGCAGCGAGAUUCAUAGAUGGAGGAUAUGGGAAGACGAGGUUCAUAUGGAUCGAAAUGAUUGCUUAACUGUGGUCGCACGUGAAAAGAUAUUCCGAAGGCAAACAACAUUUGUCCGGUAUCAUACAUCUGUUCCUCUGGUCAAGAAUAGAUUACUCAUAUGGGUGAUAUGUUUCUUCAGACAGUUUGGACACUCUGUUGUUCGUUCUGACUAUCUUACACUCCGCAAGGGAUUCAUCAUGAACCAUCACCUAACAUUGACAUACGAUUUUCAUAGCUAUAUGAUCCGCUCUAUGGAAGAAGAAUUCCAAAAGAUUGUUGGCGUCAGUGGACCACUUUGGGGUUUUGUAGUUGGUUUCAUGCUUUUCAACAUAAAAGGAUCAAAUCUUUAUUUCUGGUUAGCGAUCAUUCCAAUCACUCUUGUUCUUUUGGUUGGUGCAAAGUUGCAACAUGUCAUCGCAACUUUAGCAUUGGAGAACGCUGGGAUAACAGAAUAUGCUUCUGGUAUAAAGCUGAGACCUCGCGAUGAACUUUUUUGGUUCAAGAAACCAGAAUUACUCUUAUCUCUUAUCCACUUUAUUCAAUUUCAGAAUGCUUUUGAACUGGCUUCCUUCUUCUGGUUUUGGUGGCAAUUUGGAUACAAUUCUUGCUUCCUAAGGAAUCAUUUACUUGUCUACUUGCGACUUAUAUUAGGGUUUUCUGGACAAUUUUUAUGUAGCUACAGCACACUACCACUCUAUGCACUUGUCACUCAGAUGGGAACAAACUACAAGGCAGCAUUGUUACCUCAAAGGGUAAGAGAGACAAUUAAUGGUUGGGGAAAAGCAACCAGAAGGAAAAGAAGACAUGGGUUAUACGGUGAUGAUUCAACUAUUCGAACAGAAACAAGCACAAUUGCAUCUGUUGAUGAAUACAAUGAUCAGGUUCUUGAUGUUUCCGAAACAUCUCCAGUUCAAGGUAACGAGCUUGAGCUUCAGCUUAUUCGCGGAGCUUGUGAAAAUUCUAGUAGUGUUGAAACACCGAUCUUGCGACCUUGUGCUUCAAUAUCUUCAACAACUUUCUCAAGGCUGGAGACAGAAACAACAGAAUCACUCUCAAGGUCAUCCUCAUUGCCAAUGAGAAGAUAAUGUUAAGAUAGAAAUAUGUUUAGUUGUUCGAUUUUCAAUCUUUCUUUCUCAUCUCCUAAAUUCAGGUUUAUAAGUUAUAUGACUUUCUUUUACUACACAUCAUAGGUACUUACAGCAUAGUAAAUAGAUAAUUACAAA